AUGAAUAAUGCUGUGUAUACAACAGAGCUAGAAGAAAGCCAAGGAGAAGACAAAGAAGAGGGUCAAAGAGAAGAAGCCAGAGCACCACCAAAGAAGAAAACAAAACGAGUGCACUUUGAAGAUGACAAUAAUCCAAGUUCAUCAAGUACUGCUGCUAAUGAAGUAUUGGGCUUUAACAGACAACUCUUAAGUAAAAAAUCAGAAUUGCUCAAGGUAUUCGAAUCCUUACCUGUAAGGGUCAAGAGCUUCAUCAUUGAAUUCAUGAAUAUGGAUCAUCAGAAGAAGAACGCAUUAGCUAUAAAAAGAAGUAAUUACCUCAAAGAUAUAGAACUGGUUAUCAACGUGGGCAAGCCUGUUUGUAAAGACUUCAUCGAGUUCUUGAGGCAGAUAGAGAUAAAGAUAUCGGAUAUGAUUGAAGCAAAGCAAUUGGCAAGCAUGCACAAGAACCUUUACUUCUGCUAUGUAGCUAUCAUCUAUGAAGCUUGCAAAGAACAUCACCCUGAUAUCAAACCAAAGAAUUUCCAGAUAAUCUUCAAUAAGUUGAGCUUGAACAGAGUUUAUGAACACUUGAAGGCUGCUACUCGUUUAUUUAGCUUGGUUUCACUGGACAAGAGAUUUAUCCUCUUCCCUGAAAUGAUCCCUCUUACUUUUAUGACUAGAGUUCGUGCCAAGAAAACAAAAAGAUCCCCUGACUAA